AUGGCCGUGGAUACGGAACCGUUUCUUCAUCUGUCGCGACCUCUGGCACCGACGUUGAAUUUCCACAGCAAUCUUUCCCCGCUCUCCGUUAAUAUCCUACCACAAGCCAUCCUCUCCAUCCUUGACCAUGCCACCCGCCGCGACCUCCGCCCCGCGCCGACGAGCUCGUCGCGCGUCAUCGGCGCCCUCGUGGGCACCCGGUCCGAGGACGGCAGCGAGGUGAGCGUGGCGUCGUCGUUCGCGAUCCCGCACACGGAGAACGAGGACCAGGUCGAGGUCGACGUCGAGUACCAGAAGAACAUGCUGUCGCUGCACCUGCGCGCCCACCCGCGCGAGGUCCUGCUCGGCUGGUACACCACCUCCCACGAGCUCAACUCCUUCAGCGCCCUCAUCCAGAACUUCUUCGCCAGCCCCGAGACCGGAACCUUCCCCCACCCGGCCAUCCACCUCACCGUCUCCGCCGAGCCCGGCACCCCCGUCCAGACCAGGGCCUACAUCUCCGCCCCCAUCGCCGUCAACGCCGAGCGCGCCUCCGAGUCCUGCCUCUUCAUCCAGGUCCCCCACCGCCUCGUGUACAACGACGCCGAGCGCUCCGCCCUCGACCUGAUCUCGAGCGCGCGGGACGCCGAGGCCCGGGCCGCGCCCGUCAUCUCGGACGUGGAGUCGCUGACGCGGAGCCUCGAGCACGCGCAGGACCUGCUGGAGCGGGUGUCGGAGUACGUGGGCGGAGUGAUCGACGAGGAGCGGGAGCCCAACAACGCGCUGGGCCAGUACCUGAUGAGCGCGCUGUCGCUGGCCCCCAAGGUGGACCCCACCACCGUCGAGGCCGACUUCAACAACCACAUCCAGGACGUGCUCAUGGUCAGCUACCUCGCCAACAGCAUCCGCACCCAGAUCGACCUCAGCCAGCGCCUGGCCACCGCCGCCCUGGCCGCUGACGACGCCGGUAAGACCGACGGCAAGGAAGACGGCAAGGAAGGUGGCGACCGCAAGGGCGAGCGCGGCGAGAGGGGCCAGCGAGGCGGUAAGCGAGGCGGUCGUGGCGGUGGCCGAGGCGGCGGGCAACGGGAACCCCGUGAGCCUCGCGAGAACGGCGAGUGAAUCUAACUUCGCACAACACACGCCCCCUCCCUCCCGCCUCCCCGCCUCCCCAAAAUCCAGAAGCCGAGUAAUGAAUAAGAAGAGAUGUAAAAGUCCUACGUACGUUGCGAUGACCUGGGUUUAUCUCUGUGCUCUGUUAUUUUUGUUA